AGCAACAAGUGGGGACCUUCCCAUAUAAACAGACAGGUUAGAAGCCCACCCGGGCUAUUGCCACCUCGCUGCUGUGUGCGGAUAAACCUGAUUUAAGGAGUCAUUCUGCUGAGCGAUGGAUUCUAUUCUGAGCAGCAGCUUGGAGUCUGAGGAUUAUUACACUGUGCUGGGCUGUGAUGAGCUGUCCACGGUUGAGCAAAUUCUUGCAGAAUAUAAGAUUAGAGCCAUGGAAUGCCAUCCCGACAAGCAACCAGGAAACCAAAAAGCAGUGGAAGAAUUUCAGAGGCUGCAGCAAGCUAAAGAAACUCUGACAAAUGAAGGUAGUCGUGCACAGUAUGAUUACUGGAGACGUAGCAAAAUCAUGAUUCCGUAUACACAAUGGGAAGCAUUGCAGGAUUCUCUUAAAAUGUCUAUGCAUUGGGCAGUUAGGGGUCAAAAAGAACCAAUGCUGGAAGCCCCGGCUGAUUCCCCAAAUGUACCUGAUACAACUUUCUCUAACCUUGGAGAAAAAAUAAUUGAAAGUCCUCAUGAAAAUGAACAUGACAUAUUGGGGAAAACAUCUGAAGACAUUAAUUUGCUGUCCCCUAAAAGCCCUGAAGGAACGUCCGAUUUGACUUCCUGCCUCCUGCGUUUCCGUUGGUCAGCUGAAGCCCCUUCAGACCUUCUUCGAAAAUUCCGAAAUUAUGAAAUAUGAGAAUCCAUACCCUGUGUAUUAUUAAAGAUCUCUUGCCUGCUUUUUCCGUAUCA